GCGGGCAUGUGACUAGUGUGACCGGACGUGACAAGCGUGGACGUUGCCGGCGACGAUGACCGAGGUGGUCCAGGCGGCGGCUGUGACAGCCGAGCUGCGGGCGUGGAGGGGCUGUUUGUAGGGGUGUUGUUUGGCGCAUCGAUGCCGGUGCCAUAGAGUUUGUGCAGCACGCGGGGCUGUGAUUACUGAGUGAUUGGCCCAUGACACCCGCGUCGGCGACGGGGAGAAACGAGGGAGAAAGACUGGAGAAAGGGGAGGGAACCAUGCAUGCGUGAGCGUCGGAUGGUGUGACAGAGUCAGCUGGAAUAGGGAGAUUAUUAUCUUGGAUGAUGCACGGAACGGUUAGGUCGGAGUUCGCCAUGGGCGGUGACGAUGAGGGGUGGCCCGGCGUCGACUGACCACGCGUGCGAACACCUCAGCCCAUCCUGGGACGUCGGCUCUGGCGCUCGUAAAACCCCUUGUCAACGCCGCCCACCCCCCUCUCACCGCCUCUCUCACUCUCGUCGUCGUCGCGCGCACGCGCUUUGGUAGCUGCUCAUCGUGUACCUCAUUUCAUGUCGAACGUCAGUCUUGACCAAGACUACAUGAUGGCCUCCGACCACUCCCCCGUAAACCCCACUAGCGGCAGUAGCGACGAGAGCGACGACCACAACAUGCAGGUCGACUCUGACGUCGAUGUCCCGAAAGAUGUCGACAUCGACGCCGACGGCGAGUACGACGACGACGACGAACUCGAAGACACUGCCCAAGUCACCCACACUGUGCCUUCGUCUUCUGCCUACCUCUCCAAACGUGCAGUUAAAGAUGAAGAAGACUCGGAUGAUCCCGAGCCUGCUUCGGAUGACGAUGAGGACGCCUCGUACGCCGACGAGGAGUACGGGGUGGCCAAGAAGAAGGCUCCUAAGAAGAAAAAACAGCCGUCGAAACCGCGAGUGACCGUUCGCCACUCGCCGUCCGAUUCAGAUUCAGAUUAUGGCGCACGGUCAAAGAAGAAGAAGAAACCUCGCAUUCCGAGCGACGAGAUCCGCGUCUCGAGUCGAGGCACCAAGGUCCCGAACUACAUCGACGACGUUCAGGACUUCGAGCAAUUCGAUGACGACGAGAUAGAUGCAGGCACGUAUGGCGGGCCCCAGGUGGUUAAGGAGGAGGAUGAGAUUGAGAUGGUGCUUGGCCAUACUCGGGAUGAACAGCACCUAAGCGACCCAGAGGAUAAUUGGUAUACCAACACCAGGUUCCAUAUCAAGUGGAAGAACUUCUCGCACCUCCACAAUACUGAUGAGAUGUACGAGUUCCUGAAACGUUUCAAGGGUGUCAAGCGUGUGGACAACUACAUCAAGGCAUACAAACUCUACCUAGAGCGAGUCAACGCCCCAGGCCUUUCUAGAGAAGACAAGGAAGCUCUACUGCUGGACAAAGAGCGCGAGAAGGAAGAGUUUGAGACUUACAAGACGGUUGAGCGGAUAAUUGCCCAGCGGGAAAACGCGGAAAACCAUGUCGAGUACUUCGUCAAGUGGAAUAACCUCAACUACGACCACUGUACAUGGGAGCUGCAAGACGAGAUUCGUCCAAUUGCAAAGGAACAGAUUGACGCAUUCAGGACGCGCGAAGCUGAAGCCAAGUUCCCAUACAAGAGCGCUAUGUAUGCGAAGAACUCACGCCCCGCAUUCAAGAAGAUCACGGAGGACCCACAAUACCUCGUGAAGACAGGCGGAGAGCUCAAGGACUUCCAGCUCACUGGUCUCAACUGGCUCGCAUAUCUCUGGAGUAAUGGCGAAAACGGUAUCCUCGCCGACGAAAUGGGACUCGGGAAGACUGUGCAGAGUGUUUCGUUCCUGGCAUAUCUCUUUCAUGAGAUGAGACAGUUCGGUCCCUUCCUUGUUAUCGUUCCUCUCUCGACAAUCACCGCAUGGCAAUCUCAAUUCGCGACAUGGGGUCCUGACCUCAACGUUAUCACGUAUAUCGGCAAUGCUAACGCCCGCGAGGUCAUCCGCACCUUUGAGUUCGGUCCUUCAAACAAGAAACUGAAGAUGAACGUCCUCUUGACGACCUACGAGCUUACUCUUCGGGAUGCCAGGGAACUCAGCGACAUCAAAUGGCAAGUUCUUGCCGUGGAUGAGGCCCAUCGCCUAAAAAAUUCCGAGAGCCAGCUGUACGAGGCCCUGCGAGCUUUCUCCGCCGCGUCCAAGGUUCUUAUCACCGGGACGCCACUUCAAAACAACGUCAAAGAACUGCUGUCAUUGAUGCACUUCUUGAUGCCAGAGAAAUUCCACCUUUCGAACGAGUUCGAUCUCACCGAUGUGGAUCAUGAGGAGAAGAUCAAGGAGUUGCACAAGCAGUUGGAGGCGUUGAUGCUGCGUCGUCUCAAAAAGGACGUUCUAACAUCACUGCCCACGAAGAGCGAGCGGAUCCUUCGAGUCGAGAUGUCAGCUCUGCAGACGCACCUGUAUAAGAACAUCUUGACUAAGAACUUCCAAGGCCUCAUCAAGAGCGCCAACGGUAACACGAACAUCAGCUUGUUGAAUAUCGCAAUGGAACUCAAGAAGGCGGCCAAUCAUCCCUAUCUCUUCGAGGGCGUUGAGCCGGAAUCUGCGACGAGCGAGGAACUCUUGAAAGGUCUUGUCAUGAAUAGCGGCAAGAUAGUGCUCCUUGAUAAACUCCUAGCUCGGCUACGUCAAGACAGCCAUCGCGUACUCAUCUUUAGUCAGAUGGUUCGCAUGCUGGAUCUGCUCAGCGAGUACAUGCAGCUGCGUGGCUAUCAGUUCCAGCGUCUCGACGGCAUGGUCUCGUCGGAGGCUAGGAAGAAGUCGAUCGCCCAUUUCAAUGCCCCCGGGUCACCAGACUUCGCUUUCCUCCUUUCGACGCGCGCAGGCGGUCUUGGUAUCAACCUCGAGACAGCCGAUACCGUAAUCAUCUUCGACAGCGAUUGGAACCCGCAGAACGACCUGCAGGCCAUGGCACGUGCGCAUCGUAUCGGCCAAAAAUCACACGUUAGCGUGUACCGGUUCGUGAGCAAGGACACUAUGGAGGAAGACGUUCUGGAGCGGGCAAAGAAGAAGAUGGUCCUCGAGUAUGCGAUUAUCAACCAAAUGGACACGUCGCAAGCACACCUCAGCUCCAAGGCGGGCGCUACGAAGGAAAAUACGAAGCCGAACGACCUCAGCAAGGACGAGCUGCAUGCUGUCCUCAAGUAUGGCGCGCAGAAGAUCUUUGACAAGGAUGACAGCCAGCAGAAUCAGAAGCUGGAUGAGAUGGAUCUCGAUGACAUUCUGAAGACUGCCGAGCAGCACGAGACCAUGGCCGCCAACAAUGAAGGGGCCUCUCUCGGUGGUGAAGGUUUCUUGGCUCAGUUUGCGAACGUCAGCGAUGUUAAGAACGACAUGAGCUGGGAGGACAUCAUCCCCGUUGAGGAGCGGCAGAAGUUCGAGGAAGAGGAGGCGAAGCGUAAAGCCGAGGAGCUAGCCGCUCAGGAGAGAGAAUCAAAGGAUCGCAAGCGUUCCCACGCACCAGUUUCCUACGAGGGCAUGGACGUCGAGCAACCUGCUCCUACUCCCGCCCCGAAGAAACCCAAACAUCCCGCUCCUCAGCGCAAAACCGCCAGCCAGAAGGCCAUGGAGCUCAAGGAGCGCGAUGUCCGGGUCCUUAUCCGGAGUCUGCAACGAUGGGGUGAUAUCAGGCAGCGAUACGAUGUCAUCGUACAAGAGGCUAAGCUUCAGGACAAGAACCGCGGCAUGAUCAUCGAUACAUCCGAUGACAUCGUCGAACUGUGUGCACAUGCAGUGUCACAGGCAAACCAGGAGAAGCGAACCCGUAUGGAAGCUGGUGAGCAGCUGACCAAUGCGCAGAAGAGCAAGGCAGUUCUCGUCACCUACCGCAACGUCGGGAAUAUCAAUGCGGAGACCGUUCUCUCGAGGCACCGAGAUCUCCAAGUCCUCUUCAAGUACCUCAGUGAACUCGACGACCCCUAUCAGUGGACGAUACCCAUCGACAACAUCCGCCCGACAUUGAACUGGUCAGGGAGAUGGGGGCCCCAAGACGACGCAAUGCUGCUGGUCGGCGCGUAUCUGUACGGCUUUGGCAACUGGGAGGCGAUGCAGAAGGAUCCCCGACUGGGGCUCGAGGGCAAGUUCUUCUUGGAGGAAGGGAAGAAGGGCGAAGACACCUCUACGAGGCCGAUACCUAACGCCAUUCACCUUGUGCGCAGAGGAGACUACUUGCUCGGCAUCCUCAGGGAACACGACGAGAAGAUUCGUGCGAUUGAGAGCACGCUGCAGCGCAAGAGCAGUGGUGGAUACAAGACCUCGCUGUCGCCGCCACCGCCGGCCGCUUCGACAUCGUAUAGCUCAUCUGUCAGGAGGAGGGCUGAGAGUGAGGCUGUGGCGUCUGUCGAAGAGGGCAGCACGAAGAAGCGGAAGCGUAGACCAACACCUACCUUCACCGACUCUUCGUCAUCUGAUGAGUGUCCUUCAAUGGAUGAAGCUGCAACCAAGGAGGAGCUCCGGCCGGUCAAAAAGCAGCUCAAAAACCUCAAGCUGUCCGGAGGAGACAUGCCGCGUGACGAUAAGGUCGCCAUUCUCAAAGAGUCGCUCGCUGCCAUUGGCAAGCGUAUCGAGUACGUACUCGAGCAGAAGGCGAAAUCCGGAGAAGACGCAAAACGGUGGAAGCGGCACCUCUGGACGUUCGUCACGCUGUUCUGGCCGAAGAAGGUCAAGGCUGCGAAGCUCGAGGAGAUCCACGCGAAGAUGGUCAUGAAGGAGAGCUCCAGUGCACCCCGCGCUGGCUCUUCAGAUCCCACCGCGACGAAGAAGCCUCGUCUCAGCUCAACUGGCGCACCAUCACGUAGCAAUGGUCCUUCAAGCUCGUCCCAUGUCAACGGCAAGUACCGGUGACCCACGGAGUUUGAUAUGAGCCUGUACUGCUCGUAAAUGGCAUGGUCGCGCGAUGGGUCCCGCGUAGGGCACAUGUAUCUGUGGCACCUCAACUCCCGAACCGAAUAAUGUAUUCUCUUCUCUCUACCUGACCGUUCUAUGCUUCCUGUGACGCUCUUCUCCUAUUUCUUCCGUGUUUUAUCUGCUCGUGUGAUAUUGCUAUGCAUCCUCAGUUUAUCCCUGCACUGUCUCGCUAUAAGACUCGCACACUGUACCCAGUAUGACUACCUGUACCAUUGAAGACUAG